CAAGGACACAGCCUGAAAAAACGACUUGUUCCACAGUAGGAAGUGAACAUAGAAGUCAGAAUGGCAGUUGUGGCACUCAAUGGAUCGAACAUAACUACGGGGAACUUUACGAAUCAAUUUGUUCAGCCGCCUUGGCGCAUUGCCCUGUGGUCGGUCGCCUACAGCUCCGUUUUGGCGGUGGCUGUGUUCGGAAACCUCAUUGUCAUAUGGAUAAUUCUCGCCCACAAACGAAUGCGGACAGUCACCAACUAUUUCCUUUUGAACUUGGCAUUUUCGGACGCAUCUAUGGCCGCCUUCAACACUUUAAUUAAUUUCAUAUACGCUGCCCACGGAGACUGGUACUUCGGAGAGGCUUAUUGCAGGUUUCAAAACUUUUUCCCCGUCACCUCCGUGUUCGCAAGCAUCUAUUCGAUGACUGCAAUUGCCGUUGAUAGGUACAUGGCCAUCAUCCACCCUCUGAAGCCCCGGUUGUCGGCUACAGCCACCAAGGUGGUGAUCAUGUGUAUCUGGGCGCUGGCCGUGGUGCUGGCCUUCCCACUCUGCUUCUACUCCACCAUCCGCAUCCUGCCCCGCCGGACCAUCUGCUACGUGGCCUGGCCCCGCAAGGAGGACGACCCCUUCAUGUUUCAUAUCAUUGUGAUGGUACUGGUCUACCUGCUGCCCCUAAUGGUAAUGGGAAUCACCUACACCAUCGUCGGGGUGACUCUGUGGGGGGGAGAGAUCCCAGGGGAUUCAUCUGACAACUACCACGGCCAGCUCCGGGCCAAGAGGAAGGUGGUCAAGAUGAUGAUCAUCGUGGUGGUGACCUUCGCCCUCUGCUGGCUGCCGUACCACGUCUACUUCAUCGUGACGGGCCUCAACAAGGCUCUGAUGAGGUGGAAGUCCAUCCAGCAGGUCUACCUGUCAGUGCUGUGGCUGGCCAUGAGCUCCACCAUGUACAACCCCAUCAUCUACUGCUGCCUCAACAGCAGGUUCCGGGCCGGCUUCAAGCAGGCGUUCCGCUGGUGCCCCUUUGUCCAGGUGUCCAGCUAUGACGAGCUGGAGCUGAGGGCCACGCGCCUCCACCCGGCCCGCCAGAGCAGCAUGUACACCUUGUCUCGCAUGGAUACCGCCGUGGUAGUGGCGUAUGACCCUGUAGACAGAACAAACAACCAGAACCAGGCCAGGAAGAAGAGCUACGUCAAGCCUAGAGUAGAAAACGGGCUUGGUUGCAAUAGGAACGGGGCUAAGGCAGGCUGCGCCCCCAAUGCUGAGGCUGAGGACUUCUCCUAAAGGAGGGCAUACAAGAAAGCAGACAAACACUGUCAGGCAUGCGCAAACACACUGGCAUGUAUAGAGUGGUAACUUAUACUGUGUACAGUACAUGCAAAAACAGGUAGACAUUGCAAACAUGCAUACAAGACAUGCUGUCCCUGUCAAUACACACACAUGCAAACACACACUUUUCAAAGAGUUCAGAGAAGAUGGCAGAAAACACCUUUUAGAUGAGAAGCAGGAAUUAAUUGUCGAAUAUAACCAUCAGAUAUCAUAUUGUUGUACGGUCUGUAAUACUGAGUGUACUGUAUAUAAAAACAUGCAUACGAAAAAAUAUACAAAAAAUGCCUGGCCAAGUAACAUCCUGAAUGCAAUGGCUACUGAGUGUUUUCAAAACAUUAUGAACACCUGCUCUUUCCAUGACACAGACUGACCAGGUGAAUCCAGUUGAAAGCUAUGAUCCCUUAUUAAAUCCACUUCAAUCAGUGUAGAUGAAGGGGAGGAGACCGGUUAAAGAAGGAUUUUUAAGCCUUGAGACAAUUGAGACAUGGAUUGUGUGUGUGUGCCAUUCAGAGGGUGAAUGGGCAAGACAAAAGAUGUAAGUGCCUUUGAACGGGGUAUGAUAGUAGCUACCAGGCACACUGGUUUGUGUCAAGAACUGCAACGCUGCUGGGUUUUUCAUGCUCAACGUUUCCCGUGUGUAUCAAGAACGGUCCACCACCCAAAGGACAUCCAGCCAACUUGAAGCAUUGGAGUCAACAUGGGCCAGCAUCCCUGUAGAAUGCUUUCGACACCUAGUGUCUCAAGGUGUCGAACGGAUUCUACAGGGAUGUUCGGAAGGUGUUCUUGAUGUUUUGUACACUCAGCUCCAAAAGUAUUGGGACAGCGACAAUUUUCUUUGUUGUUUUUGGCUCUGUACACCAGCACUUUGGACGUGCAGACUGUCAGCUUUAAUGUGAGGGUAUAUUCAUCCCUAUCGAGUGAACCAUUUAGAAAUUACAGCACUUUUAGAUAUAUGCCUGCUAGAUACCAGAGAGAAUACAUUUUGGGGAGCGAC